GGCCACUAGGGGGCGCGCCCUCUCCCGUUUGCGCACGCAUGCGCAGUCGCUCCCUUCCAGCCCCAAUAACAAUCAUUGAAAACGAACAGCAACCCCGAAGAUUGCUACUUCAUCAGGCCUUUAUUUUUCAACAAGCCGAUUCCAACAUGACAGAAUUACGACACCGAUUAGCAACGGAAAAAGAGCUGCAGCAUCAACACUCGGAGGAUAAGGGCUCUGAGACGGAGGGCAAGGAGAGAGAUGGAGCCUCAGACAAUGAGACUAAAUCAGAUUCUGGGGUUCCCGAGGUUCCUGUUUCUGCUGAUGACACACCAGAGGUUCUCAACAAAGCCCUCUCGGGCCUUUCCUCACGAUGGAGGAACUGGUGGGUGAGGGGCAUCCUGACCCUGGCUAUGAUCUCCUUCUUCUUUAUCAUUAUUUAUUUGGGUCCGAUGGUGCUGAUGAUGAUUGUGCUGUGUGUUCAGAUCAAGUGCUUCCAGGAGAUCAUCACAAUUGGUUACAGUGUGUAUCACUCUUACCACCUGCCCUGGUUCAGAACACUAAGCUGGUACUUCCUGUUGUGUGUGAACUACUUCUUCUAUGGGGAAACGGUGACGGAUUAUUUCUUCACUUUGGUACAGAGGGAGGAGCCACUACGCAUCCUCAGCAAAUACCAUCGCUUCAUUUCCUUUGCGCUGUACCUCACAGGGUUCUGCAUGUUUGUUCUGAGCCUGGUGAAAAAACACUAUCGCCUGCAGUUUUACAUGUUCGGUUGGACUCAUGUGACCCUGCUGAUUGUGGUGACUCAGUCCCACUUAAUCAUUCAUAACCUGUUUGAGGGGAUGAUCUGGUUUAUUGUUCCCAUCUCCUGUGUUAUCUGUAAUGACAUCAUGGCUUAUAUGUUUGGCUUCUUUUUCGGCCGCACCCCUCUCAUCAAGUUGUCUCCUAAGAAAACGUGGGAGGGGUUUAUAGGUGGCUUCUUCGCCACUAUUGUUUUUGGAAUCCAGCUGUCAUAUGUGAUGGCAGGUUACCGCUACUUUGUGUGUCCGGUUGAGUUUAACAAUGACUCCAACAGAUUCACAGUGGACUGUGAGCCAUCUGAGCUCUUCCAGCUUCAGGACUACGGCCUGCCAUCUGUACUUCAGUCCAUCACGGGCUGGACCACAGUAAAGCUGUACCCUUUCCAAAUCCACAGCAUCGCCCUGUCUAGCUUUGCCUCCAUCAUGGGACCUUUUGGAGGCUUUUUCGCCAGCGGCUUCAAAAGGGCCUUCAAAAUCAAGGAUUUUGCAAACACCAUUCCAGGUCAUGGAGGAAUCAUGGACCGCUUCGACUGUCAGUACCUCAUGGCCACAUUUGUAAAUGUUUACAUCGCCAGCUUUAUCAGAGGGCCAAACCCUUCUAAAGUCAUCCAGCAGCUUCUUGCUUUGAGACCAGACCAACAGCUCCACAUCUUUAACUCACUCAAGGCUCAUCUGACAGAGAAAGGCCUGCUUCCUGCCCUAGAAGAAGCAGCCUAACUUUUUGGACCACCCCAGGGACAUCCCAUCGGAGUGAGCCAUAGAUAGAGAACGGAACCCGAUCUAGGCAUAAAUGGAAGUGGGAGAUGAGAUGAGGAAUAUAAGAAGGGGAAACAACGGAAAACUGUACUACAACCUUGGGUCAUUCCAUUUUCAGUGUGUUUGUGAGAAAGAGUGAGCGAACGAGUGUACAAAUCAGUGUUUUUGCUUGUCAUUUAAUUUUUUUGUGAAUGUUUUGUUUAUCUCUUAUGCCACAAAAGAAUAUUAUAUAUAUAUUGAGAUGACAUUGAAAUUUGUUGUUACAGUUGUACAAUUCCACUUGUGUACAAAUGUUCCGUACCUAUAGAUUGUCUAAAUAUUUUAUAGUGUUUAUUGUGUUUUAUUUUGUUUUAAUGCACUGCUCAUCACACUGUCAUUUCAACCUCAGGCUAGCCUUUUUUUUUUUUUUUCCUUUUUUUUUUUUUUUUUUUUUGCUAACCGGUGUUUACAUACACCAUCAUAGUUUCGAAAAAGAUUGUAUUUCCACUGCAGAGUGCCGUAAAUUUUGUUUCUUUUUAAUGGUUUUGACAUUUUUGUAACAUUUAUAUUUAAAAGCAAUAUGGUCAUUGAUAUCAAAGGUGCGCUUUAGCCCAGUAGGUGGUGACUGUUACAGUUCAGAUGUGAGAGACUGUAUGUAUACUGUCCUUCCUAAAGGUAAGAAAAAGAUUCAGAUUUUAUUAUUCAGUGUUUGAGAGGAAGUUCAGGCCUCGUCAGACUAGAAUUACAUAGCCCUCUCUGUGGCUUAAAUGUUUGUUAUACUGAAACAAUCCCUGUAAGCCAAAUGAAUAUGAAGUAACUUUCAUUGUAACUGUUGUUCCUGGUUAAUAAUAAUUAGUUGUUACUCAGCAUUGAAAAAGACCAUUUAGAGAUGUUGACAGACAUUUCACGCUCAAUGUUAAAUGUUCAAGAAUUAUUGUUCAUUUGUUUUUGGUUUUUUUUCCCCCUAAUGUUUUAUUGUCACGGAGCAGUUACAAGCUUAUCUUUGUCAAACCUAAAAGAUUUUACUGUGUGUGUUUGUGAACUGUUACAUGCUAAAUGCUAAGUAAUGAUCAGGUUGGGCCAUCAAAUCUCAAUGACUGUUUUGGUUUUAAAUUCAUUUCAUGUGAACCAUUUUGUACCAUUUCACUGUAUGAGACAACAUCUAUAUUUCUGUUUCAUCUGUUUUGUUUUUACCAUCACCUACUGUAUAAAGGCUUUGAUAAAGGGUCAGAACUAUA